GAAUUUGAAGGCGCUAAUUUCGUUACUUGCGCCUCAAAUGACCUUUAGAUGGAUAAAGGAAGCUGUCUUGGUCGUGUUCCUUAUAACUCGGUGAUUGGAUUCAUCUUAGUACUUGUUGGAGGUGGUGUCUUGUGUGGUACAAUUUAUUCUGGAAUAUCACGUAUCGAUACAUACUUUCGGUUGUAUUUUUUUCCUGUCUACUCUUUACCUUAUCUAAGAAUAGCUGCAGUUGUGAAUGGGGCUGUAGCCGUUCUACUCGCUUUUCUAAUACUAGUUUUCUCAACACUUGUGAAUAAUGCUACUCGUGGCCGCAUCUAUCGUGGUGAUCGCUACAUUAUGGGUGGGCGUUGUUCAGCAGCUCUGUUCAUGUGCACCACAUAUGUAACCAUAAUUGUAUGGUUAAUAUUUUUAGCAUUCCUUGUUGUCCCUACAUUUUGUUGGGCAAUGUUCAACUCGAUUUGUACUGCUGAGUUAGCUGAUGUUUGGCAUGGACCAGGUGCACGACGUCCUGGUCCUGAUGGCCGUGUUGCUCCAUCUUUGUCAGAAUUACGAGAUCGUAAAGAUUAUCUGGCGGAAACGUAUACAGCUCGUCUUGCCUACUAUUAUCAAAAUCUUAAUUUUGGCUAUAAUCCUUCUGAGUCUCAAAAUGGUUUCAGAUCUCCUUUUGUUAAUCUGGGAAACUCGCCCAAUCUACCAAAUUAUCACGCCAAUCGAUAUUAUUCUCCUGAUUUCAACUACAUUUUUAACUUGACACAUUAUGGUGUUUAUAUUAAACCAUGGAUGUAUGAUGAGUCACUGAAUUAUCGUGAAGCCAUUACUUCGCUGAACGAAUUUGCAAGAUUUUGUGACGAAGUUAUGAUAGUGGGUCCACUUUUUGCUUGUUCACUUGGUGGUGCUGUUUUUGUUCUACUUGGUUUGGUACGUUUGUAUGUUUCUUUUUUAUCUAUUCUAUUUAUUUACACACUUCUUAUUAAACAUUUUAUUAUUUUAGUCUUGUUAUACAAGAUUAUAGUAAAAUUAACAGAAUAAACUUAUGGUGUAAUUGAAGAGGAAUUCAGACAAUUCAAGGAGGAAAUUUUUCUUUUCAAGAAUAUCAUUUACCCUAGUUGUACAAUCGUAUUUAUAAUUGAUUUACGAAUUAAAUAGUCUAUUAAAAGACAGGAGGAUGGUCACAUCAUAUCAUGUGUCAAAACACGUUGAUUAAUAAUCAGAAAUUGAAGUGAGGAGAGAGAUAAUUGGAUGAAAUCAGAUGUGGGAAGGAUAAAAAUUUAGCUAAAAAGACUCUAUUUGUUGGCUCGUUGUCAGCUUAUUAUACUCGAUUAAAAUUGACAAAAGAACUUACAGAUUUCAAACAGAGCAUUGCAUUAAGAUCACCCAAAAAUCAUGAUCCAUCAGCUUAUUUUUAAAUAGCAGAAUCCCUACGUACUAUUAUUAUUAUUAUGUAAAAAUCUCGGUGUUGUAGACAAUGAAAGAAAAUAUUUAUAACCUUAAUUAGUUUGUUUUUAAAGCAAAGUAGUGAAAAUGCAUUUUCUCAGUAGACAGAAAGAUAAACAGGGAGAAGUGGGCACGGAAAAGAGGUGGGGAAUAUAGCAAUGAUUAUGGUUUGUUUAAAUUAUUUUCUAAUUUUAUUUCUCACAGUUGUAUACACUGUGUGCACUUUCCAAUUGUUGUUCUACACACUUGACAAUGUGCGAUGUGUUCAAUUCAUUGUCUAUUUGUUUGUUUGUAUGUGCAUUUUGCCUCUCUUAUUUCCACUCAAUAAUGAUAACUGUCCUAUCUUUAAUGUAUAUGAUAGUAUGUUUGGAGAAAAAGAUAAUAAUUUGAUAAAGUAUUUUUGUUUAACUGCUAUCAGUUAUAGUAAUAAAAAUAAUUAUGAGUACCGUGUAUUUUGCUCCAUACUCAAUAUGGAUAUAUAUAUAUAUAUAUAUAUAUAUAUAUAUAUAUAUAUAUAUAUAUAUAUUACUCUAGUUUUUAAUAUGUGUUCUAUGUUUACUCUAUAUUCAUUUGUUUGGCUUUCGUUUUUAUUUUUGGCCUGUCCUUAUCAUAGGAUAUUCCAUUUUAUCUUUUAUAUACUAUUUGUAUUCACUAAAUGAUGAAUUAUGAUUUUGGUACAACUAGUCAAUAACUUAAUAAUUAGUAUCUAUGUAUAUGCGAACACGAACAUACGCUCCAUCUAUCUCCCUCUUCUACAUUUUCGUUUACAUUGUUAAUCAAGAUCAUAUAUAUGUAUUUUAUGUAUUGAAUAACACAAUAAUAAUCGUGCUAUCUUGUCUGACUAUCGCAUAUAGUUUCUGAUCUACUGCACUUUGCCUAUCUAUUCAUUUACUCUGCUUUGUUUUGUUUUUUCUAUCAACCCAGUAAGAAUGAUACAGGAUAAACUUUUAACGACAUAAACAUAUUUUUAUAUAUUCAAUAUAUCUCAGUUAUUACUACCAUUAUUCGCUAUUUCACUUAUUUUCUCUUGUCAUUAUCAUUUAUACUGUCUUUUUUCUACAAUGUCAUAAGUACAACUUUUUUUAGAAUGAAAUAAUUUCCAAUAUUUUAUUUUGCAUUUUAUUUUGUUCAAUUGGUUGAUAACAGCAAACUUAAAUUUGAAGAAACAAGUAUUAUCACCAAGUAUUUAAUUAAAAUGACACUAGUCUCGUUGUUCAAUUAUUUUCAUCAUAAUUCAAAUAAGGAUCUCAUAAUUAUUUCUUUAUGUAUGUGUGCAUGUAUGUAUGUCUUUUUUUGUAAAGUGAAGUUCUUGAAAGUUUCAGUAAAAAAAAGAGCAUUUUUGGAUCAAUUUUUCCUCUUUGUUUACAUAAGUGUAUACUCAAACUCAAAAAAAAGUUUACUUCAAUAUUCCAUGAUAUUUGUUAUUAUUAGAAUUAUCACUACUAUUACUGCCACUACUACUACUACUAUGGUAAACUGGAACUUCGAAUUACUAUUCUUUGAUUUGACUUUACGUUUGAGAUAUUCAUAUGAAGAGAAAAUCAAUGCAUUUGUGGUGUACUCCCUUUUUUUGAUUUUAAUCACAUAAAUAAAUUAUUCUCAUUAUGUUAA